AUGAUUAAGUUAAUAGAAAUGUGAGAUUUUCAAAUUCAAAAUUAGUAACUUCCGACAGUGAGUGAACAGCCUAUAUUUUACAGGAAUAUUGAUGACGAAAUCGAUCCAUGCGAGGAUUUUUAUCGACAUGCUUGUAAAAAAGAUCAAUCAGACCACUCAACAUUUGUGAAUAUAAUAGAAAAAAGUUUCAGAAAUGAAAUGGAUGAAUUGAUGAAAAGUGACAAACAUCCGAUCUUUCCAAAAAUAGUCGAGUUAGAAGUAUGGUAUAUGUAGUUUGAUCUUGAUUAGAAAAUGAUUCAUUUAUUUUCAGAAUUUUGUGAAAUUGCUGGAUCCUAAGCUGAUUAAUGAUACAGAUAGUGCUAGAUUUGAAUAUAUGGAAAAAUGUAUAAAUAAUAAAGAGGAAGCAAGACAAAUGUUAUUGGACUUCAAUAAAUUGAUUUAUAAUCAUGACGAAAGUGAUUGUUGCUUCACAAAUCUCAUUUUUGACACGGAUUGUGAAAGAGCUGCUGAUAAUUUGAUAAAAAGGUUGAAAAAGAAAUUCAAUGACGUGGCAAAGGUCAGUUUAAUAUGUAUCUCAAAGUUCAAACAAUCAUUAAAUUGCAGAAAGGCAAGAAAAGUUGGAACAAUUUUUUAAAAUUCAGUGGAAAUUUCAAAGCAUUCUUAUGGACAAAAGCUAACAAUGAUCUUAUUUUGCGUUCGAGAGAACUUUUUGAGAACUUGAGAGAAGAUCUCAUGGAAUUGAUAGAGGUAUGUUUAUUGAAAUCGUUUUUGAAUUUAUAUGUAUAUUUUUCAUCAGGAAACUCCUUGGUUGAUAAAUUCAAAUACAGUUGAAGCGAUGACAGAAAUUGCGAAUCAACUCAAAGUUGUUGAUACAGAAAUGAUAACUGAAUUCAAUCAAAAAGAAGUUAAUGAUGCUCUUGACUCAAUCGAAAAAUGUACUUUGUAGGUAUUUGGUUAGACAAUCAAAAAACACAAUACUUUUGCAGUCUGACUUCUGGAACUGCCAAAAAAUAUUGUUAUGCAACAAUAGAAGUUCCUCGAUGUGAAGUAAACUGGAAUCGUGUGAAUGCUAUGAACUUUCAUCCCUACCUUAGUCUAACUAAUCCAGUUCUAUCAAUUUUAUCGUUGAACCUAACACCGGCAAUGGAGGUGAAGUUAAAAACAUUUUUGAAAAAAAAUAAUUACAGAAAUAUUUACAGUAUGGACUUGUAGUAUCUAUUCUUGGACAUGAGUAUGGACACACUCUUAUGAGAUCUAAAAAAGAUCAUAUACUCGUUCCAUAUUUCUCAGAAAAUGUGACAACUUGUGUUCAAAAUCAAUUCACGAGAAGUUGCUCUUUUUUCAAAGAGGUUAGUGAAUGAAACUUGGAUCUGUUGGGAGACUAAAAAAAUAAAAGUUCGACUUUUGCCUUUUUCCAGGGUCUCUGCGAAACUGAAAUUAUGCAAUUUGACGAAAAUGGAGCCGAUCUUUUUGGAGGUCAUUUGACUUAUGAAGCAUUCAAAAAAAGACACUCAUGUGUAUUGAAUGUAAAAAUAGUUUUCAUUUUUUUUUGAUUUAGAUUCUUUUUUUUUCAGAAAUCAAUUCGAGGAUAUGAAUAUUGUUGGACCCCCGCCAAAUUAUUUUUUUACUCCAUGGCAGCAGUAGAUUGUUAUGUAAGCGUUUUCAAAUUGUUCCAUUAUGUUCUACAUAUUUCAGAGAGAAAAUAGUGAGAGUAACCCGGAUGAUCCACAUCAUGCUUCAAAAAUUAGAGUAAAUGCAGUUUUUGCACAGAUUCCGGAUUUUGCUGAAGUAUUCCAAUGUGAUGCAAAAAGUAAAAUGAUGCAAUCUAGAAGUGUAUGUUUUCUUGAAAUUUUUACAAAAUUUACAAUAAAAACAAAUUUUAUAGGAGCAAUGUCAUCUAUUCGGAAGCAAGGCACCGGAAUUCUUCUGA